AUGAGUGAAGAGGGAGAGGAGAAGGAGAAGAGAGGAGCCCAGUUGGAGGCUCAGAACGCCACGCAGGACUUCCAGAGGGCCACAGAGGUGCUGAGAGCGGCCAAAGAGACCAUCUCUUUGGCCGAACAGAGACUUCUGGAGGAGGACACUCGACAGUUCGACUCGGCCUGGCAGGAGAUGCUCAACCACGCCACACAGAGGGUGAUGGAGGCGGAGCUCACAAAGACCAGGAGCGAGCAGCUGCACAGAGAAACCAGCAGCAAGUACACGGCCGCCAUCGCACGCAUGAAACAACUGGAGAAGAAACUCAAACGCACCAUCAACAAGUCCAAGCCGUACUUUGAGAUGAAGGCCAAGUUCUACCUUCAGUUAGAGAAGCUGAAGAAGACAGUGGACGAGCGCCAGGCCAGACUGUCCCAGGCCAAAGGGGACUACAGCAGCGCCCUGCGGAGCCUGGAGAAGAUUUCAGACGAGAUCCACGAGCGCCGCCGCAGCUCCACCAUCGGUCCUCGCGGCAGAGGGGUGGGGGCCGAGGGGGAGGGCGUCACCGGGGACGACCUCUCCACGUUCAAGAUGGAGUCCGACGGCAUCUCCAUGACCUCAGAGUGUUUCGAGGACGAGCCUUGUGCCGGGGCCUCCGUGGCCUCAGACUCCGGCUCCAGCUGCAGCCUCGGCUCCUCCCCCGGCUCCUCCCCCCAGGACCUGCUGCUCUCCCCCUUCUCCUCCCCCUCCCCCUCCUGUGACUCCUGCUCCGACUGCUCCUCCACCUCCUCCUCCCCCGCUCCCCCCUCCAGGCCCUGCAGUCUGGACCUGCCCAGCUCCGCCUCGCUCUCGGACUUCGGCCUCAUCUCUCCGGUGCUGGGGCCUCGGACCGACUGCAGCGGGGCCUCGUCUCCAGAGUGCGACCUGGAGAGGGGCGACCGAGCUGAAGGAGCCGAGGGAGACCUGGAGAACGCCGCCGUCGGCAACAACAACAGCGCCACCACAAACACGAGGAAAAGCUUUAGUCAGGAGUCACGUUUCAGUUUCCUCAACCUCCGGAGGCCGCGCUCGGACAAAAACACAGACUCCUCCAACAAAAGUGCACCUCCCGGACACACGGUCGUCCUGGUCCAAGGAGUCUGA